GUAAUUUUUACACUGCACACAUCAGAGUCCACACAUCAACAUCAUUAUUGUCAUCGGUCAUAAUAAUAUUUUGUCACUUUAGAACAGUUUUGAAAUUCUCUAUUUCUCUGUAUAGGAAGUAACUUAAACUGUAAAAAUGUCGUUUUUAUUUGGAAAGAAGAAGCAAGAACAGGCUCCGUCAACUGGCGAAGCGAUUCAGAAACUCAGACAAACGGAAGAAUUGCUAGAAAAGAAACAAGCUUUCAUGGAAAAGAAAAUCUCAGAAGAAAUUAAACUAGCAAAACAAAAUGGUACAAAAAACAAAAGAGCUGCCAUCAUGGCCCUAAAAAGGAAAAAGAGGUUAGAAAAACAGCUAGCACAGAUAGAUGGAACACUGUCAACAAUAGAAUAUCAAAGAGAAGCGCUGGAGAAUGCAAACACAAACACUGAGGUUCUGAAGACCAUGGGAUUCGCUUCAAAAGCUUUGAAAAGUGCACAACAGCAAAUGGGGGUGGAGGAUGUUGAUGACAUGAUGUCAGAUCUUCAAGAGCAGCUAGAAGUAGCCAAUGAGAUCAGCGAUGCAAUUUCAAAUUCCACAGGCUUCGGUCAAGAUUUAGACGAAGAUGAACUAUUUAAGGAACUUGAAGAAUUGGAGCAGGAAGAACUUGAUGAGCAAUUACUUGAUGUUGGACCCAGUGUUACAAGCCAGCUCCCAGAUGUCCCAACGGCCAGACCUGCCAAAGUUGCCGAAGAUCCAGAAGAUGAAGAUAUGAGAGAGCUUGCCGCCUGGGCGUCCUAACUAUCAGGGAUGAACUAUAAUCCGGUCAGAUAUUGUAUGAAAUGUAUAUCAUAUUCUCUAUGGUACUCUAUUAUUAAAAUGGGCAGACAAUAAGGACACUAAAAGCUUAACUAUACCUGCUAUCCCAAAUCUAUGAAGAUCUAAUGGAAGGCUUGCUGGAUUGUGAAUGACGUCCACUAGAUUAUACAGGUUUGGCUGUUGAUUUAGUUAGAGACCCUGCUGCCGAUUUAACGAAUUGCUAGGAUUAAUCCUAUCUGGAGUUAGGACGAGUAACCCGUCCUAACUUAGGACGGGUUCAAUGUGUCCUAAGCCUUUGGAUACAAAACUUAACGUAUCCUAAGUCCUAAGAUUAAUCCUAAGCUGGGAAGAGUUUGGUGAAAUCGACAGCUGGACACUAUUGGCAGUU